AAGCAGCUGAAGACCAGGGAAAGACGAUUGUUUGCAGUCAACACUUUUUUUUUGUUGUUUUUGAGUUCUGUUUUAAAAUCAUACUGUUGCAUUGUUUUUCCUUGUCAUGUUAAUCAGUAUUUCUGUGCUUCAGGGAAUGGACCUAAAUUAGAAGACUGGCUGUUGUUCUAGAUUAUGACCUCAACCAAGAUCAAUCGCUACAACCGUUUCUCUGGAGGUGCCACAAACAUACCAGUGAUAGACAAUACCAGCAUUACAAGAAUGGAAACUACUUUUGGUCCAGCGUAUUCUACCGUUACGACCAUCACUAAAGCUGAUGGGACAAAUACCUUCAAGCAGCACCGGAGGACCCCUUCAUCCUCCAGUACCCUGACCUAUUCACCAAGGGAUGAGGAUGAUGUAAUGCCUCCAAUCAGUACUCCACGUCGGUCAGACUCAGCGAUAUCUGUUAGGUCACUGCAUUCAGAAUCCAGUAUGUCCCUACGAUCUACAUUUUCUCUGCAUGAAGAGGAAGAUGAGCAGGAACCAUUGGUUUUUGCUGAACAACCUUCGGUGAAGUUAUGCUGCCAACUUUGUUGCAGUGUGUUCAAGGAUCCUGUCAUCACAACAUGUGGACACACAUUUUGUAGAAGGUGCGCCUUAACAUCUGAAAAGUGCCCUGUUGACAAUGCAAAGCUGACAGUUGUAGUUAACAACAUAGCUGUAGCUGAGCAGAUUGGAGAGUUGUUUGUCCACUGUAAAUAUGGCUGCCGGCCAGGAUCAAAUGGAAAACCAGGGGCCUUUGAGGUUGACCCACGUGGAUGUCCAUUCACUGUUAAAUUGAGUGGUAGAAAAGACCAUGAGGGCAGCUGUGAUUACCGGCCAGUUCGUUGUCCUAACAACCCAAACUGUCCACCACUCUUAAAAAUGAAUCUUGAUGCUCAUCUUAAAGAAUGUGAACACAUCAAAUGUCCUCACUCAAAGUAUGGAUGCACGUUUGUCGGAAAUCAGGACACCUAUGAAGCCCACCUAGAGGUGUGCAAGUUUGAGGGUCUGAAAGAGUUCCUGCAGCAAACUGAUGACCGCUUUCAUGAGAUGCAAGUAGGCUUGGCUCAAAAAGACCAAGAGAUUGCCUUCCUUCGAUCAAUGCUUGGGAAACUCUCUGAGAAACUUGACCAGUUGGAGAAGUCUCUGGAGCUAAAGUUUGAUGUUUUGGAUGAGAACCAAAGUAAACUCAGCGAGGAUCUAAUGGAGUUCCGCAGAGAUGCAUCAAUGCUAAGUGAUGAACUUUCACACAUCAAUGCCAGGUUAAACAUGGGAAUCCUGGGCUCUUAUGAUCCUCAGCAGAUAUUUAAGUGUAAGGGUACCUUUGUGGGCCACCAGGGUCCAGUUUGGUGUUUGUGUGUCCACUCUACUGGUGAUCUGCUCUUCAGUGGCUCUUCAGAUAAAACUAUCAAGGUAUGGGAUACCUGUACUACAUACAAAUGUCAGAAGACUCUGGAAGGACACGAUGGCAUAGUUUUGGCUCUGUGCAUUCAAGGGAACAAGUUAUACAGUGGCUCUGCAGAUUGCACAAUAAUUGUCUGGGAUAUUCCGGCUUUGCAAAAAGUCAAUACCAUCAGAGCACACGACAAUCCAGUUUGCACUUUGGUAUCGUCUCACAAUAUGCUCUUCAGUGGCUCGCUCAAAGCUAUUAAGGUUUGGGACAUUGUGGGAACAGAUCUAAAUCUGAAGAAAGAACUCACCGGUUUGAAUCAUUGGGUGCGUGCGUUGGUGGCCUCUCAAAACCACCUUUACAGUGGAUCCUACCAGACAAUCAAGAUCUGGGACAUAAGGACCCUAGAGUGUGUGCAUGUACUGCAGACUUCUGGUGGUAGUGUGUACUCCAUUGCAGUUACUAAUCACCACAUUGUGUGUGGAACCUAUGAAAAUCUUAUCCAUGUAUGGGAUAUAGAAUCAAAAGAACAGGUUCGAACACUGACUGGCCAUGUAGGCACAGUAUAUGCAUUGGCUGUGAUUUCAACACCAGACCAGACCAAAGUCUUCAGUGCAUCUUAUGACCGAUCACUUAGGGUUUGGAGUAUGGAUAACAUGAUCUGUACACAGACAUUGCUUCGUCACCAAGGCAGUGUCACUGCUCUUGCUGUGUCCAGAGGGCGUCUCUUCUCGGGUGCUGUGGACAGUACAGUUAAAGUCUGGACCUGUUAGGACACGAGGUUGUAUUAAAUGUCUGGAACAUUGUGGUUCACCUUUGUAGAUUUAUUUUGGAAUGGAAGUGAUGCCGCUGCAACUUGGUGUCACAGUGCAAUCUGUUCUAAGAUUGCUAUCCGAUUUCAAGACUGACCAAUACGGCAUGCUUUCUACACCAGUGAAAACCAUUGCACUAAAUUUACAAUGGGGAAAAUCACGCUCUGAUGUUGUCAGAUUAUAGAAUUAACAGUGUUCUUAAGGAAUUGAUUGGAGACAGUAGCAGGGCAGAAGACUUAAAUACACACACUGUGGAAUAGCUUUGUAAAGCAUUUUACACGUUGAAAAUUUUGCGUGUGUGUGUUUGUGAAAAUUGCUGGGAAAUAUUCUGUAGUUCAUUUCAGAGCUUCAGUUACAAAUUGUCGACUGCAGCACUGGAAGUGAUUGUACCUUCCAGUAGACUGGCAGUCUCUGCAUAUUAUUUUAUGCUGAAUUUAGAGAGAGAGAGAGACGCACACGGACAAUUUCCUGGGCCACAGGCAAGUAAAAGAUUCAACUGAUGCAUUUGCUAACCUUAAUUUGACCUGUGUUUACUUCUACAAGAAUAAAUUGUACUAUUGUAAGGUAGGCAGAUUAUUGAAGCUGUGAUCCUCUUACCUUCUGAAUGCUGCCUUAAAAGAAUUGUAGUGAAACAGCUGUAAUGAGGUACGAUUUUUCCAUCACUACUUCCUCAAAAGCAAAUUCUGUAUUCCAAAGUUCUACUUUUGCCAAUGUACUUGUGGCUGAGGCAUAAGAACAAUUUCAUAUUGAAAGUAAUAUAUACUGCUGCUAAAUUUUGACUUGUUUUAUAGCGAUUUAUAAAAAAAAAUCGCUGUUUCAUUGCUGUAAUAAUGAAUUAAUAAGGCUUUAAAACUAGACUGUUCCAGAACAAGCUUACUGCAAUCAGUGUUGUAUAAUUAUUGAUCUUUGACAUGCGGUAUAUGAAUUUUAAUACUGUAAAAUGAUUAAGUAGACAUGACUAAAAGUAUGGGACCUUCUGAAGAAACUUUAAGCUCCUAUUAUAUAGUUUUCAAAAUUGCAACUCUACAAAUUCUUCCUACUCCCCCCAUUUGACUCCCAAGACCACCCUCUUAGGGCUUCCCUGAAGAUUCACUAAGUUACUGGACAAUGCGGUGUGGUACUGAGCUGCAUUAUGAGAAUUUCUCUGUGUCAGUCCCUUCUGGUUAGCUGGGCAAGCAGUGAGGGUGCUAUGUUUGACUUCUUUUAGCUGAAUAAGGCCGAGCUCAAAAUUAUCCAGGCUUCCCACUCUUGACUGUCAUUCAAAUAUAGAUUUCAGGUCAUAGAAUCCCAACUAUGUGGAUGCAAGCAAUUUGGCCCAUUGAGUCCAUACCGACACUCCAAAGAGCAUCCCAUCCUGCAUUUCCCAUGAUUAAUCCACCCUAGCCUGAACAUCCCUGGACACCAUGGGCAAUCUAGCAUGGCCAAUCCACUGAACAUGCACAUCGUUGGACUAUGGGAGGAAACCGGAGCACCUGGAAGAAACCCGUGCAGAAACAGGAACAAUAUGCAAACUCCACACAGACACUUGCCCAAGGGUGGAAUUGAACCCUUGUCCUUGGUGGUGUAAGGCAGCAGUGCUAACCACUGUGCCACCCAUAUAUUGCCAGUUGUUAACUGUUUGAGUUGCCUACUUGAGAGUCAAUUGCAGGAAAUGGACUGUACCUCCCACAGUCACCUGCUACUGAGGUUAGCAAGAUUGGGUGAGAAUAUACUAUACAGUGACCAUAAGGUAGUGACUUACAGCACUGAGAAGUGCUCUGGAAAUGACACUCAAUGUGAAUAAUGUAUUUAUGUACAAAGAUUUUUCUUGUUACAACUCAAGAAAAUUUUUUGUUUACCUGUUUGAAUGCACAUGAAUCCACAUUUAAUAAGGAUAUCGUAAUUCACAUGGAUCUAAUGCAGUGAAGCAACACCCGUAUAAAUCUUCAUCUUUCAUAGGUGGUCCCAGUCCUAAAAAUUAUUAAACAAUUCUACUUGUUUAGCUACUCUAUGAUAUAGUGUAAGUCUAAUCAGUUGACCUUUGGCAAGAUAGGCUUCAAUUAGAAUGAUGUUGAUGUAUAUAGAUUUGCCUGAGUAAACAUUCAUGAGCUAAGAAGUUAGUAUGAAUUUGAAUAGAUCAUGUAUUUCGAUGAGUUUCUUAUAAAAGUAUAGGCAUCAUAUGCUUUGAGAUUCUGAAUGGAAAUCAAUAUUCAAUAACAAAAUGUGACGGGAUGUGGAAUGUGUUAACCGUGAAUAUGAGAAUUACAGGUAUACAUUUGCAGUUUACAAUGCAAGCAUAUAUUUCAUCAGUGAAAUAUAGUAUCUGCAGUGAGAAUAUUUGGUUUAAAAUUAGCCUGUUUUAAAAAUUUGUUUUUACUAAUGUAACAAGUGCCUAAUUUUUAGAAUCCAUUUGUACGUGCAUUUAGCCCUUAAAGGAUCACUCCUGGCAUUGGUUGUGCUGAUGAUACUGUACCUAUAUAGCAUUUUUGUUUAUUCAUUUGAGGUAUUGGCAUUGCUGUCAAGGCCACUCUUUAUUGUCCAUCCUUAAUUUCCCUCGAGAAAGUAAUGAGCCACCAUCUUGUACUCUGUAGCCCAUGUGGUGAAGGUACCUAACAGUGCAGCAUAGCAUUGAACUUUGAACCAGUAGAAGAUAAAGAAUUAAUGCAUUUCUGCACAUUUUUUUUUACCACAUUUCCAAAAAGCUCCCUAGGUUGAGAAAAAAGCUAGGCUCCAACAGUUGAAAGCGAGAGGUAACUGACAACUGCAACUAAGUAACUUACGUGGCACAGUGCCAUGAACUAGUUCAAAUACUUGUCUGAUCUCGUUCCUGUUGAGGGAGAAGGCAUAAUUGACAUGAUUUAUCAAUCAGAGGAUCUGCAUUGCAUGCAUAUGAACAUAUGUGCUUAGCAUGGAUGUAUUUUAUAUUGAAAUAGAGAAUGUCUUUUUAAAUGCCUAAUUUUCUAAAACAUAAAUGUCCUGAAGAAUGAACAGUUGGAAAUAAAACAGAAGAGGAGAAUGCUACCUUUUUGCAUGCUUUGUGUUGUCUUGGUUUCAACGAAACACUGUUCAGAAAUGCCUUAUUUGUUUUGUUCAGGAGUCCUGUAAUUGAAAGCCAGACUAUUGUAUCUUAGAAAUGCAAUUGGAUCUGUUGGUUGAAGAUACCUUUUAGAGAGAUUAUUCAACGGUAAAGUAUUUUGCUGCAAUCUUGCCAAGUGCAUACCUGAUUGAGACAUAGAUUAAACUCAUCACCCCCAAUCACUCAUUUAUAUCGACGUCCUUAUGAUAGCAGAGCCCUAGUUUAAACAGAACACUGUGUGGCUGAGCAGUAGUGCAUUUAUCGAGAUUUCAUAAGGCCUAAAGUAGAGGUGUAACCAUGAAGCAUAGCAACUGUGAACCACUGCAAUUGGAUAGCAUAUGUUCAUCCAUUUAGCUGCUGCUUUAAACAUCUGGUACCCACUAACUUAAAGACACAACCAAAGUUCCCUUCAGUUAUUUUGCACCUGUAUGUAUUGUAAAGGUUAUGACACCCGACUAAUGGAACUGAUGUAUCACAUGACUGUAAAUUUUUAUCAUUUUGUUAAUAUUUACAACAAUAAAUCUUCCUCCUGAA